AUGGACGAGACCGACAGGCGGGCAGAGCUGAGUGAUUUCCAGCGCUUGAAGAUGAGUAGACGGUUGUGGGUGCAGCAUGCAAGGACGGUCUUAUGGCCAGUUGAUCCCGCGUACUCAUUCCGAGGGCAAACGGCCCGUAGCAAUGAGAUGAAUGACGUCACUGAUCUCAACUGGUGGGUGACCCGGUUGUAUAGAAAAGUGCGAAAGACUCAGGCUGACCUCUAUAUGAGAGGCAUCGCACGAGGGAUUGCCAUGCACCACAGCGGUCUGAAUAAGGCCUACCGAGAUAUGGUGGAAGCGUUCAUACGCAGCGGCAUCAUCACCGUUGUCAUAGCAACAAAAAGUCUUGCCGUGGGUGUGAACUUUCCUAUCCGCACGUCUGUCUUCCUGGAUUCUGGCAGAUACAUGGACUCUACAUCUUUCAAGCAGAUGUGUGGUAGAGCCGGUCGUCGAGGGUUUGAUGACUGUGGAUAUGUGGUGACCAUUGGUCUGCAUCUGGCACACUUGGCUACACUUGUGAUCGCACCGGCACAGAAACUCAACAUACCACAUGGCCUGGACGUGAACUCGCUGCUGCGGAUAAUGAUCAUGCGUCAGGGCAAGCCCCUGGGUACAAAGAAGUCUAUCGAUACGGCUACAGAGAACUCUUCAUACGUUCAGAACGUGGUCAAACGGUGGAUGCUCGUGCCCCAGCAAUCGACCGUUUCUUUAACAACAACAGGUGCAAUGUGGGGGUAUCAUUUCUUCCAUCAGUUAUUGUACCGGCUAAAACUAGUAGACGGAUACUCGAAUCCGAUUGGUCUAGCCGGUUUGGUAUCGCAUUGCGGUGAACACUAUCCCGCCAACCUGGCCUUCGCAUACAUGCUCCUUACCGGGUCUUUGUCCAGUGUUUUGGUAGUGGACAAUAAGCCAGGAGCGAUUAGCUCACCAACAAGCAACAACGAGCGGCUGCGUGCUCUCAGUCUGGUGUACGUGAGUGUUAUGAGUCACACUAUGAAAUGGCACGACCACGGAGAGACCGACAGGACUGUCGCAGCAUACACAUUGCCUCAGGUGCCACCGAACGUACAGGAGGGACUGGCGCAGUACAAUAGACUAGUGCACUCUACAUUCAGGGAUUGCGAGCGGGUCUUUGGGACGUCCGGGGCCGACAUGUACGGACCCUACCUUCCGGUUAUGCCCACCACGCAAAACUAUAGAAAUGGCUACUUGUAUUUGUUUAUGAAUGGCACACAGUAUGGAACAGUAGUGGACCACUGUCAGAUGACAGACAAGUCAUUGUACGCACGACUGACCAGAGAGCUUUUGUUCAUGCGCAAGGUCACCACUUCGUUGAGUUUAUGUUUGGAUGAUACCGACCCUAUUGUCGCGGACAUGAAGGUUCUCACGCAUGCAUUCCAGGCCAAUUACGAUGCCAUUGAAUAUUAGACGGUACAAUCCAGAGCUUCACAGAGAACUCAGAACACUCAUGCGGCUGCCAGUAUAUGUUUUCAAUUUUCAUACAGCCGCAUGUACGUGCUGA